GGAAGCUUGCUCCGGCGCUCGCUCGCACACGCCCGCUGCUGGGGGGACCGGAGAGCUGCGCAUCGGUGCGCGCGGGUCCCCAGCUCGUGGAGCGCCCCCAGCCCGCCAGGGGAGGAGGAAGGACCCGGGGCGGCCAGCAUGUGGUAGCCCCGGGGCGGGAGGAAGGAAGGGGCUCCGGACGGGAGACGCCUGUCAUGUUGGCCGGGCUGCUCUUGGGGGCUGCCUGUGUGUCCCUGGUCCGCCCGGGCAGCCCGGGCAGCGCCUAUCCCGGCAGGAAGAAGCCGCCCAACUUUGCCGCGGACAGGCACCGUGUGGGGCCGCAUGUUUGCCUCUCCGGCUUUGGGAGUGGAUGCUGCCCUGGGUGGAUGCCAUCCCCAGCCAGCGGGCAGUGCACUCUGCCACUCUGCUCCUUUGGCUGUGGCAGCGGCUGGUGCAUCGCCCCCAACGUCUGCUCCUGCCGGGAUGGAGAGCGGGGCAUCACCUGCCCAGAUCCGCCCAAUGCCUGUGGGGAGUAUGGCUGUGACCUCGCCUGUAACCAUGGUGGCUGCCAGGAGGUGGCCCGUGUCUGCCCGCUGGGUUUCUCCAUGGUGGAGACGGCCAACGGCGUGCGCUGUACAGACAUUGACGAGUGCCUGAGUGCCUCCUGUGAGGGGCUGUGCGUCAACACCGAGGGAGGCUUUGUGUGUGAGUGCGGCCCAGGCAUGCGGCUUUCCGCCAACCGGCACAGCUGCCAGGAUACGGACGAGUGUCUGGCCACUCCGUGCCAGCACCGGUGCAAGAACAGCAUCGGCAGCUACCGGUGCUUCUGUCGUCCCGGCUACCACCUGCACAGCAACCAGCACUCCUGCUUGGAUGUGAACGAGUGCCGCCGGCCCAGCGAGAGGCGCCCCUGCCAGCAUGCCUGCCACAACACGCCAGGCAGCUUCCUGUGCACCUGCCACCCUGGCUACCGGCUCAGCGGGGACAGGGUGUCCUGCGAAGGCUUCCUGAAAACCAUCCCGGCCCCGUCUCCCAUCCUGCAGUCCCUGCAGCACCCCCCAACUCUGCUGCUGCUCCCUCCUGACUCUGGGGGACCCCUGCUAGCCCCCAGGGCCUCCCUUCCUUCACAUGCCCCUGCCCCCGACCCCAGCUCCCGGCCCCCUUCCUUGUUGACUGCCCCACCACCCAUAUCCCUCUUGCUCCCGGCUGCCACCGCUGCCCCUGGCGUGUUCUCCCCACUGCCGCCAUCGCUGCUCCAAGGGGAAGUCCCCUCGCCCUCGCCUCGUCCCUCUGCUUCUCUGCCGCCCGCCCUUGCCACCUCGCCUCCCCUCUGCUGGCACCAGGGGGCGCCGCGGGAGCACAGCAGCCAUUGGACGGAGCCUGGGUGCCUGCACUGUGCCUGCAAGGGGGGCCAAGUGGUGUGUGAGGCGGAGAGCUGCAGGAUUGCCUGUUCCCACCCACUGCCCCUGAAGGACGGGGGCUGCUGCCCUAGCUGCACAGGCUGUUGGCACGAGGGGGUCGCCCGGGCCGAGGGGGAUGUGUUCUCUGUGGCUGAUGGAAAUUGCACAGUCUGCAUGUGCCUGGCCGGCAACGUGUCCUGCAUCUCCCCUGAGUGCCCUCCAGGGCCCUGCCCCAGCCCUGCCCAGGCCAACUGCUGCUCUUGCCAGCCAGCCACGUGCGAUUUCCACGGGCGCACAUACAUGCACGGAGCCGAGUUCAGCUUGGAUGGAGACAACUGCACCACCUGCAUCUGCCGGAGUGGCGAGGUGGAGUGCUCCUUCGCCCCCUGUCCCGAGCUGGCAUGUCCCCGCCAGGACUGGCUGCUGGCCCCGGGGCAGUGCUGCUUCUCCUGCCGGGAGCCUGCACCAGCGUCAGGUUGCUUCGUGGAUGACAAUGGGGUAGAGUUUCCGAUCGGACAGAUCUGGUCUCCGGGUGAUCCCUGUGAGUUAUGCAUCUGCCAGGCAGACGGCUCGGUGAGCUGCAAGAGGACAGACUGUUUGGAGACGUGUCCUCACCCCAUUCAAAUCCCUGGCCAGUGCUGCCCGGAUUGCUCAGCAGGCUGCACCUACAUGGGAAGGAUCUUCUACAACAACGAAACCUUCCCUUCUGCCCUAGACCCCUGCCUCAGCUGCAUCUGCCUGCUGGGCUCCGUGGCUUGUUCCCCUGUGGAGUGUAUCAUCUUCUGUAUGUACCCGUUCCACCCGGAGGGAGAAUGCUGCCCUGUCUGUUAUGAUUGUAACUACGAAGGGAGGAAGGUGGUGAAUGGACAGAUAUUCGUACCGGAGGGUGAGCCCUGCAUUCACUGCAUUUGCCAGUUGGGGGAGGUGAGCUGUGAGAGGAGGCCCUGUGCCCGCUCCUGCACCGAGCCCUCGGCGCUCCCUGCUGCCUGCUGCCCUGCCUGCCAAGAUGCUCCAGUCCCUCUGGAGGGCAGCCCUGUCCUUGUCCACACAGACGAUGCAAAGGCUGGGAAAUCCCCAUCCCGCAAUCCCAGAGAGAAUUCCAUGGACCAGCCCAGGGCCAGUGACUGCCGCCUCUGCUCCAGUUCCCUGGCUCCUGCUUCUCCCAGCCCAGAGCUCCUCGCAGGAAGGAACAUGCCCCGCUGGGAUGCUGAGUCCGUGAACACGGCUGAGCCCCCUCUGGCUGGACCCCCUCCAGCUGGGCCAGGGUCCUUGGGAUCCCAUAUGGCUCCCUCGGGGCCUUCUCUGCGCCCCACCAUUCUGAAAGAAACCUCUGGGCCGGUGACUGCAGUUUCAAGCCCCGAUCAGCCCCCUUCACCCACCCCUGCAGGGCCCAGAACUGCCCCCGGACCCCCAUCCCCAGUGCCGGCUUGGUCCCUGCUCCUCAGAAGCAUUCCACGCUCCCAUCAGAGGGAGCGGAGCCCCCCCCGUGUGAGGAGAGCACUCCUGGCCAGCCAACUGCGUAGUGCCCCUCGCCGAGGGGAUGGGGAGCGCCCGGCCAGCAGCGUGAGGAGGAGGAGGAAACUGGCAGGAGAGAUGAGCUUGAUCGAACGGGGUGGGGGAGGGAAAGGAGGCAUCACGUUGUUCUGAGCAGCAUGUAUGGGAAGAACCACUGCCUCUUCCCUUGCCUAUGCCUCGCCUGCUCCCUCCCCGGAUCCUGCUAGACAGCAGAUGCCUCACCAGGGGCAACGUGUGGGCGGCUCCACAUCCCGCUGGUGAGGAGGAGACGGCUUGGCCCUGGCCCGGCUGCCUGAGCAAUCCCAGGAGAUGAGCGGUGCCAUGAUGUUCUGGGAGGACAUGGUGCCUAGCUGAGAUACCAUGACUCAAGAUUUUCCAGGCAUGUGCGAGUUGCCAGCCUCCUUACAACCACAGUGUGGGAGGAGAUGGGGAAGGGCCGAGAGCAUGCCCAGCUCCCUGCAUUGGGUGGGACGCGCCCACCUGGUCCCAGGGGAUGAUCCCUGUGCAGGGCUCCUGAGACAGGUGAAUCGCCCCACCCUUUGGGGUGGUCCCUGCUUCAGCCAGGCCCAGAGCCCCUGGAUCCAGCCCUGAGAUCUCCCGCUACUUCUUGCAGACUCGUGUUUAAACCUUAGAGCUGAGAUUUCAAAACUUCCUAAGGAAUUUGAACACCCAGUUCUCAACUGGGCAUCCAGAUCCCCUGGGCCGCUUUGCAAUUCCCACCCUAGAUUCCUUGGGGCUGCUGGGAGGCUUUCCCAAGCUACCCCUGAUGGACAGGUAUCUGAUCGCCCAUCAGGGCCAGCCUGCCCGUUCUACGGUGAAUAGUAAUAAAGUUUUCCCUACUAA